AUGGAGCAGUACUUGCGGACGGCAGCAGAAGAGGCGAAGGAGGCAGAGGCGCGGGCACUUGCAAAAGCAGACGAAGAGUUCACUCCCGCCUGGCGCAACGUGGGGCUGCCUCUGAAGCCAUCUCACCUGCAGCUGGAUCAUGGCGCCAUGGCGGGGGCACGGCUGGUCAACCCUAAGGCCAUUGUGCAGGAGUACCAAGCCAUCAAAGGGCGGGAGGUGCUUAACCCGCCGCGGAUUGCCGAGUACGCUGACACGUCUGCCAAGCCAAAUUACCUGAAAGCAACACAAACCCUCGAGAUCCGCAAAACCCGCACGCUGUCUCCGGAGCGCCUGGUGCGUGUUCAGCAGCUAUCCAAUAAGGCCCUCACCUGGCACACUCUAACGGCGGAGGAGGUGGCGGCCAAGAUUGAGGAGGCGGAGGAGCGGCGGCGACAGCUCUCGCUCAAAAUGCCGCGGGCGCAAUUCGAAAAGGAGCAAAAGAUCAUCCAGGCCAUGCACCAUAAGCUUACGUUUCUGCGCAAUCCGCGUCACCCGCUCCCACCCGCCGUGCGCAACCUACUGGACCUUAAACCCGACACGCAUCGGUGGGUGGGACCGCGGGCUGAGGUCCGCAUGGGGGUGUCGCCGCCCAUCAAGUCCAACAUGACUGCCCGUGAGGACGCCAUCUUCGUGGUGGAGCCCGAGGAGGUCAUCUUUACCGACUACGUGGUGGGUCGUACCUACGAAAAGGUGGUCCGUGUGCGCAACGUGACGGGCGUGUCACGUGCGCUGCGCGUCUUUCCGCCCGCCUCCCAAUACUUCCACGUCUCGUUGCCUCGCUUCCCCGGGGAGGUGGGUCUGCUGGCGCCGGGCAUGGCAGCGGAGCUCACGUUGCGCUUCUGCCCUGAUUCCCUGGGGGACUACGAGGACGCCAUUUCGGUGGACACCACGGGGCGGCGGCUGACGGUGCCGCUGAGGGCGCGGAGGCCGCCGCCGUCGCUGACGCUGCCGGAGGAAUUCGAUAUGGGCCAGGUGGUAAUUGGCAACAUCAAGACGGAGCAGAUCUCAUUCAGGAAUCUGGGCGGCCCGGGCCGGUUCCGGAUCGUGCCGGAGGCGGACUGGCCAGAUUUCGCACAGGACGCACCCACGGAUCGUGCCGUCAUGGGGCCCUUUAAGAUCUGGCCGCUGUACUUUGAGAUGGCAUCAAAUGAGGAGAUCGCAAUAAAUGUGUCGUACGAACCCAUUGAGUGGGGCAGCAAUGACGAGCGGCUGGUGAUCGUGUGCGACAACUGCCAGGUCAAGACGUUCACGCUGCUGGGCAACGGCGUGUCGGUGGAUGUGUUGCUCCACUCGGUCGAUGGCCGCAUGCUGGAGCCCCGCGAGCUGGACCUGCCGCUGUGGUUCGGCGAGGUGGCGCCGCGGUCGGGCUUCGCUAAGACUGUGUCCGUGCGCAACACCACCAAGCUGCCGUUUGCAUUUGAAUGGUCGCUCACCAAGUACCCGCAGGUACAGCACAAGCGCCGUGCUAAUGAGCCGCUGCAAACGGAGCAGCAGUACGACGAGGAGCAGGACGAUGAUGCCCACGUGCUGCUAGUGGACAACAAGUCCAUGCGGGGCAGCAGUCCACGGCGCCAACAGCCACAACCGCAGCAACAACAACAGCCGCCGCCGCCGCAGCAGCAGCAGCCGCAAUCACCGCAGCGGCAGCCGCAGCGGCAGCUGUCUAGGAAUUCACGAAGUGGGUGCGGCUCCGCCGCAGCCGCUGGUGCCGGCUCCACCGCCGCCGCCAUCUUGGGCGCCGCACCAUCGCCGGCGGAGACGGCGGGGACACCGUGGGGCAUUAUCAGCGGCAGCGGCGCACACGGGCCUGACCCGCUAGCGCUGGGUGCGGUCGUGGAGCGCGUGUUUUCGGUGGUCCCGGAGCGGGGUGUGCUGCAGCCGGGCGAGGUGAUGGAGUUCCAGUUCACAUUCACACCACCGGGAUGCCAACGUGAAGCCGGAGCCGGCAGCUCCCACGCCGCCCUGGCCGCUGCGGCGCAGUGCGAUGUGCUGGUGGCGGAGGUGGGGCUGGAGGGCUUGGGCUGUCUGGUGCAGCUGGAGGCUGUGCCACGUUUGCUGGUGCUGCCCGGCGCGCUCAUGCCCAAGCAGAGGGUGGUGCGCAGGGUCCAGCUGCGGAAUCCCACGCGUGGUGCCGUGGACAUCCGAGUGACCGCCGACUACCCUGGCAUUGCCAUUCAGCCCCCUGCACUCACCGUGCCCGGCUUGGGAACCGCUGCCCUGGACGUAGCGCUUACGGCGCCGGAGCAGCCGGGGCCGCUGCGUGCGCGUGUAGUGAUAGCCGUGGAUCAUAAUCACGGCCCGCCUGUGCAGCUGGAGGUGCGGGGCACCGUGGGGGUGACGCAUGCGUCGCUGAUGGCGUCGCGGCUGGACUUCGGGCUGGUGCGGCUCAAUGGACGAGGCGAGCGGAUGCUGGUGAUACGCAACCGCAGCGCUACUAGCACGACGCCGUGGAGCAUGCGGGAGCUGACGCCAGCGGUUAUUGCCGCGGAGAAGGCCAAGCUGCUCCGUGCACAGCUGCUGCAGUCCAGUCGUAUGUUGGACCCCGUGGCGGCGGCAGCUGCCAUCGCGCAGAUACAGGAAGAGGAGGAAGAACAGCAACGUCAACACACGCAACACCACAAGCAGCAGGAGGAGGGGCAGGCGCCCGUGCGGGAAGCUUGGCCUGCCCUAGAGCCAGGUGACGACACCCCAUCCAAGCGCCACGAGCACGGCCACGGCCAUGGGUCGAAGCAACCUCAUGCCAACCAUCACAACCACGUCCAGCACCACAACCACGAAACCCAGGAGGAUAGAGACCGUCGAGUCUCUGUGGACGAGCGGCGGGCCAUGUUCACCGCAGGGCGCGCCGCGCGCAGGUCCUCUGACGAGCCAUCCCUGGCGCCUACCUCCACCUACAUGACGUUUGAGCCCAGCAGCGGCGUGUUGGCGCCUGGGGAGGAGCUGGCCGUGCGGGUUACAGUACACGGCCUGACAGACGGCCGCAGCCGGUCCAUCGUGCAGCUCCGCUCGGGUGUGGGUCUCGGGCGCAUGGAGUGUAUUGAGGCGUUUGUAUGCGUGGUGACGCCCAAGUGUGUCAUCGACCGGCCAGUGCUGGACUUGGGCGUGACCUUUGUGGGGGUGCAGGUACGGCAAUUGCUGACGAUGCGCAAUCUGAGUUUGCUGCCCCUGGAGUUCCGGUGGAGCAGCGCGAGCGCGGACGAGCCGGAUGGGGCGCUUGCGGACUUGAGGGUGAAGCCGGAGAAGGGGCAGCUGGCGCCUGGGGAGGAGGUGGAGCUGCAGGUCCGCUACACGCCACGGGCAGUUGGACAGUCCGUGAUGUACGGGGUCUGCGAGCUGGACGGCGCGCCGCAGCCGCUGGGCUUCCGUGUCGUAUCUGCCAUCCACGGCCUGGACGUGACGUAUGACUUGCUAACCCAGGAGGAAUACGAGGAAAUGGGCGCCCCGCCAACUUCGUCGUCUCCGGCAGCGGCAGCCACUUCAAUUCCUGGCGUGGAGGCCUCCAGCGUCAGCUCCGUGGACGGUGGCAGCUACUUCCUGCGGCAACAAACGACGCCGCUGGCGACGUCAUACUUCCGCCGCGGCCGCAACGGUCGGCCGGAGCUGGACGUUGGGAUACUUCAAGGAAUGCCGCACCUGCCGCCGGAAAUCCUUGCGCGCAUUGCCUCCGGCGCCGCCGCGAGCACCACCACCACCGCUGCCUCCAGCGGCGACGCCGCCGCUGCAAGCGCCGCAUCAGGUGCGGCAUCAGCGGCGUGGCCGCUGCCAACACCUCAGCGGCACCUCGUGGCCGACUUCGGCAAGGCGGUGCCUCUUGGAGAGACGCGGCAGAUGUACCUGGUGCUCACCAACCGCACGGCAAUGCACACCAGCAUACGAACAUGGUUGGAUCGCUUCGGAGUGGACGACGCGUCUAAGUUCACUAAGAAGCGCAACAGCAGCAAGUCGGAGGGCGGCGGGAACGAGCGGCGGCCGCGCGAUACAUCGUAUAUGUCAACAGAUUCGGAGGCCCCGGCCUUAAAGGACUCGGCUCCCAAGAUCCGCACCUCCAAGUACACCCCCGUCAAGCUCAGCAACGAGGCGGAGAAGCGGUCGCCUUUCCGCUGCGCCAAGGGCAAUGAAAUGAUGUCCAACCGGCGACUGCAGGAGGAGGCGGAACAGGCUCUGGGCAACAAGGGUCUCGCUGUAUCGGUGAUACCCCCGGAGACCACCCUGGCUCCCUGGACUCGCAAGGUGCUGGCAAUCAGCUGCUUCAACGACAUGUGUGGAGCCUACAUGGAUAUGCUGCAUGUCAAGGUUGGCGACCUAGCCACCCGGGACAUCCCCGUACUGGUUGGCGUGGCGGGUACCCCGCUUGUUGUUCAGCGCGAGAGGGUCCUGGUGCGGGGUCUGCGGGACAAGGCCACCUGGCGCACGUCCCUGGCCUGGGGACAUGUGCCGCUGGGGGUGCAGCAGUCACGGACCUUUCACGUCUUCAACACCGGCUCCCUAGACAUGCAUCUGAGCUGGGAGCUGCGCCGCUUCCGCGAAUACAUCGACCUGGACGCCUUUCCUCCCACCACCGACGUGGGCACCGGCGGCACCGGCUACCACGACAGCCUGUGGGGCGGGCCGGGUCGCCUCCGGGACACACGCGCGCAGUACAAGCUCUUCGACGUGACCAUCACCCCCGACGAGCGACAGGGUGUCGUGCGGGUCACUGCGGUGCGCCACGCCGACCCCGUGCCGUUGGAAGAAGGGCCUUUCACAGUGGAACCGCGCGAGCAAGUCAUUCGCGGCGGCGGCUCGGCUGCUUUCACCGUCUCCUUUAGCAGCUCCACGCCGCGUGCGCACGCGGGAUACCUCCAUGGCGCCUGUCGCGUGUAUAGUGACCCCGACGCGCCGCUGACGCUGAGGCUGUGGCCCACUGGCGACGCUGCCGAUGGCAUCGGCGCGAUGCUGUCGGGUACGUUCCAUCCGCACGCCGGCGCGCCGCCGACGCCGCUGAAGCCGUUGCAGGUAGACCUCAGUGCCGCAUCGAUGCCGGCGCAUCUGGAGCCGGAUGGUCUAUCGGAGCUAAACUGGACUGUGGCAUCUAUCCACCAGCCGGCCAGCCACCCCAGCUUCGUGCACUUGGUGACGCUGAGCAACACACAGGAGUGCCCGCAGGUGUUUAGCAUGGACGUGGAGGGUCCCUGGGACCUUGUGUCCGCAGUGCCCUCAGUGCCGCAAGACCCCAUCAUCUACAAGGGCACCAGCACUUUGCUGGGACCGGCGGCGGCGACCGGGCGCCUGGGCAAGAACGCAACAGAAGGCGGCCAGAUCUUUCUGCCUCCACGCGAGAGCGUGGACGUCACGCUGCGCUACGUGCCCGGGAAGGGCGACCUGGAAGCGCUGCCGGUGCGGUUCGCGGCCAUGCAGGUCAAGCCGCGCCGACUCAACUUCGGCAAGGUUCACCUACAAUCACCCAAGGAGUUGCUAGUGGAGCUGUCCAACCCUACCAACGUGGAUGCCGCCUGGGCUGUUACAGUGGAGGGAGCCAAGCCGCGAUUCCCAACCCUGCCCGGCGCGGGUGCCGCUGCCAGCGCCAGCGCGCAGGCUGAAGUGACGGCGGCGGCGGCGGCCGCGGCGGCCGGGCCGACUCCGGACGGCGUCCCUGCACAGAGCAGAUCGAGCUCGCAAGGGUCUUUGAACCGCCAAACGGCAUCAGCGUCGGGCGCGGCGGCAGCGACGCCACCGGCAGGGGUCGCCUCCGGCACUCCCGCCUCGUUGGCACGAUCAAGCACGGCGGAGCGUAUGGGAACCGCCGGGGUUCCGCCGCCACCCAAGCGCUCAGCAUCUGGUUCGCUCAGCGGCGUCACAGGCAUCAUCGCCGAGGCUCGCAUUGGGCCAUACAUUGUACGGCCCGCCAGUGGUGUGCUGCCGGGGCGCGGACUGCAGCUUCCUCACACGCAAACCAUCAGCAUCCUGUUCGCGCCGACGGAGCCAGAAUCAUACGAUGGGGAGCUCAUAUUUGCCGUGCUGCGGGGCAAGGAGUGCAGCGUGGAAAUUGACGGUCUUGGCAGCGUGGAGGAGACUGACGAGCAUAAGGGCAAGCUGUUUGUGAUCUGA